AUGUCUGCAAGAACGAUUGCCUCAGCUGUGGCACGCAACGUUGCUUCCACUAGUCGACAGACGCUUCCGCUCUUGACUAGGCAAGCCGCUUCUCGACGGGUACAUGCUCAGCUUGGAUCCGAAUCAAGAAUGCGAGCAUACAGCUCGAUGCUUCCUGGUAUGCUUCCUGUCAGCAAGUCAGUUCAGCGUCGAACUCUUCGCACAGCAUCCGUACUGCACAACGACGGAUCGCGUAUCGAGGCAUUCAUCCCCGAGACUUCAGCUCGCUCAACGACGGACGGCAGCUCCACCACGAACCACAAAGCAGCAGCCUCAAUCCCAGUCACCGGUCAACGUACACCAAUCGCACAAAUCGAACAACGCCUCGCCAUCACCUUCACAUGCACCGUAGACGCAUGUGGACACCGAAGCUCGCACGAAUUUUCCAAAAGGUCCUACACCAAAGGCAUCGUUAUCGUCCAAUGUCCCGGCUGCAAGAACCGCCAUUUGAUCGCAGAUAACCUCUCCUGGUUCACAGAGACGGAACAAGAUCCCAGGACAAUCGAACAGAUGAUCGAGGCCAAGGGAGGCACCGUCAGGAGAGGCACCGUCGACGGAGAGACAGGUGAAACCAUCGAAAUUCUUUCCUGA